GUUGAUGAUGGCGGCAAUGGAACAUGUGCGCUUCGAUAACCAAAUUUCGAUUCUGAAGACGUCGUCCUUGGAGAAUUUCUCACAAAUAUGGCUUUGAACCCAGACUGUCCUGUAUGCCGACAAAAUGGGCUUCAGGGGAAACUACAACGCUUUCAUAUCAAUUUUGAGGAGUCCAUUACUCUGUGUGCCAAUAAAAAGUGUACAUACCCAUUAGGCCUUGUUAAGACAGAUGAUCUCAUCAGAAAGCCUGAAAGCCUGAAGAGAGAGGUAUCCAAUGGAAAGAGAGCAGUAUCCAAUGCAGACAAGAUUCACAAUUCCUCAGGGAUUGGAAACACUGUCACAAAGAAUCUCUCUCCAUGGCGUGGAAAAACAGGUCCUCACAUUUCAAGACACAAAGUGUGUGGUGGUUACACUCCUGGACUGUUCCAGAAAAACAUUGUCCCUGUCACGUUGGCAGAGGUUGAAUUGGAAGAUAGACGUACUCCAAACCAAGGCCAGAUCAGGACUUGUGAUGCUCAUGAGUCCGGUACAAUUCCAGCAGGAACCUAUAAAACAGCAGCUAGUGUUCACAAUGCAACACCUGCAGCUGGAAACCUCCCCUCAGGAAAUGGCACCCAAAUGAAGGCAAACUAUGUUAUGACCACCAGUGUGAAGAAAUCCUCAAUCCAUUCUGUUAAACUGAAUGGUUUUGAUGUUCAGAGUUCAGCUGAGACCAGGGGAAGCCGGAGUAAUGAUGGACGAUGUAAUCGGAGGGCAAACUCUGGCAGAGGUGGAAAACUGCCGGUACGAGACUAUUGUAAUGCCCAGCAAAAUGAUGUGAAGGGAGAAGAUGUAGAUGUUCUCAGUAAGUGGUAUAUACAGUGGGAAAAUCGGGAUGCCCUGUGUUGGUUAGACGUUGUCCUCUGUCUGCUAGUGCAGAGCCGGUCGGUUAAAACGGCAGUUGACCUUUCUUUGAAAACUUCCUCAGGCACAGAGCCAGAGACAGGAAAGACAUACAUAGUCCGCACCUUGUUAGCGGCUUAUGAUCAGGCCAUGGCACUAAGCAAGUCGCUUUGCACCGAGAGAGAAAAACUAAAGAUUGUGCCAAAGUCAGAAGGAGGAGAAACAUUGACUAGAAGUGUUAGCAGUGGAGUGUGGACUCAAGAUAGAUUUGCUCAACAGCAGGAGAUAAAACCUGCCAAAGACACCAAGAUUAAAGAUAAAGGCAUGUCUUGGGAAUCACAUGCAGAGAAGGAAUCAAAGAAACAAGUCUUCCAUUUGUCAAGACCUAUUCAAUCAAUUUCAAAUGGCGGCGUUCCCCUCAAAAUGGGUGCAGGGCAAAUUCACAGCCCCAACCUGGCAUCCUGGGCAGAGAUAAUGGUUCGGGACCCUGGCUUCCGGAAGGCCCGCUCCAUACUUAACUGUGUUCGGGAGCAGGUCUGGCAGGUUUUACAGCCCAAGUUACAGUGUGAGAAAGGACGCAAAGACAGCCCUGUUUUUGCCAUUCCAUUGUUGUUGCACUCAGACUCUGAUAUCUGCCACCUGUUUGAGACCACGUACAAGUUUGAGACGAAAUGCUCUGAGUGUGGUGACACAAAGAUUGAAAGGUAUACCAAAGUCCUGCCAACUCUCCCCAAAGUUGUGGAGGAUUUCUCCAUGUACAACGUCUCACACUGGAGGGACUGCUUCUUCUGCUCAGCACCAAACCAGAAGAGACAGCUUCACUUUGAAAAGCUCUCACAGUGUGUAAUGAUCCACUUUGUGGAGGGUCUGCCCAGCUCUGACCUGACGGCCCUUCAUUUCAGCCUUAGCGGCCAGUCCUACCAGGUGUCCAGUGUGGUGCAGUAUAAAAGUGACCCGUCCCACUUCGUUAUUUGGAUUAAACACCCAUCAGGGGAUUUUUGGAUGGAGUGUGAUGACCUUGAAGGGCCAUUGAGUAAGUUUGAAGGUCAAACCCCAAAUCUCCCGGCUGGUCAAAUCCAUGUUGUAUUCUGGGAAAGGACCUCUGCUGAUGUCCAGCCAGAAAUUGACAAGCAGCCAUUUGGUUCGAGACAGAAACAACCCUUGAAAUCACUGAACCUAAGAUCUAGGAAGAAGGCAGCAGUCCUCGAGUCCUCAGAGGACAUUUCAGGGACGAAGGAGCCGGAUGUGGAAGGCAGUGCUACAAAGAAACCUGUCCCCACAGACCUCGGUGAGCGUAACUUCCGGCAAGACAAUCAGAGUACAACUGCAGCAAAAGCCAUCCCUCCUGUGGCGGUGAGGAAAACGUUUGCCUUGCUGAAGCAGAUGAAAUCCAGCAAGACAUGCACCACAUCAUCCACUGAUGUCUCCAGGUCACGCAGCCGAACGAUUGGCACAGCUGGAGUUGGGAUCAGGCCUUGUGUAAGAGAGCCUAGAGGGGCUGAGCCUAGGCGGCCCAAUGCUGCGCUAGUCUUAUCUCAGGGAAACCUAUCUUUAACAGCAUCGUCAGCCUCCAGUUCACCGAAAACUCAAGUGAAGUCAAAAGCAAAUACUCAGGUGUUUGAAGGCUACAAAUCUAAGGCAGUCUCCUGCACACAGAAGCAGAAGGAAAAUGGUGAAGAAGAAUUCAUCACUAGCAGAACUUGUGGCUCAAAUAUCCACGUUAGUAAACAAAAACUGCUGUCUACCAAGGCAGCUAUUCCUCCAUCCCAGACAAGUGCUGUUACAGUCUCCCAGAAUCCUAUGUUAAAACGGAAAGGCUCUGUCCCUGUUCUGCCACGAAAGAAAUUACGCUCUUCAUGCCAUUUGGCUGAUCCUGCAAACUUGGACAGUUUCACUCAGAGGUCUGUUCACGGUCCUAGUGCCGGCCCUAUAGCAGCCUUGGCUCUCUCUUCUCCAAACACUAUACAUGUGGAGAAUCCGGCAGUGAUGGAGCAAAAUACAGAGUUUGUGCAAAACAAUAUUAUUUCUGAUCCAAAUGGGGAACUGUCUGUUGAAGACCUUGUUUUACCAGAGUGGGUGGAUGUGACCGAGGACCAGUCCAAACCGGAUCUGUCUGAUUUACUGUCCAAUGCUCUGCCAGAACUGUCAGAGUUCCUGUCAGAGGAUUACAAGGGGGAUAACUCCAGUAGCACAGCACAGACUGAGAUUCUCCAAAACCUGUACAAGGCCUUGGACUUAAACGUCAGUGCUAACUCCAGUGAUAUGACACAGCCCUUUGAAUCCACCUACAGCCUGCCAGAUGAAUGCAGCGUUGACUCUGGUGAUCUCACAGAGCUGUUGAGACCCACCCUUAACCUGCCAGACGAAUGCAAUUCCAUUGAUGCCUUACUGUCUCAUUAAAGGUUGUGUUUUGUCAGAGUAUUGGCCGUGCUCUGGAUCAGUCUGUUGGAUACAGAGUGUUGUGCUAGCAAACAUCUUGUACUCGUGUACUGGAUGUACUCUUGUAUGAGGUGUUAAUGUCUACACUAUGGUUUAGUAGUAAAAUUAUUGCCGCUUCAGCAUUUUCUCUCCAGCAUAAUAAAUGCUGUAAUGCUGACAAGGUGCAGAAGUACAUUUUCAUAAGAGCUCAUGUUGGUUACCUCUUGGGUCAUACCUGGGAAUGUCUGUCAGAAACCUGCUGAUGGUCAUGGGUUUCCCCCCAGGCUAUGCCCGUUAAUUACCGACAUAAUACAUAGCCAAAUAUGUGUUCUACUUUAGUGUUGCACUGUACCAUUAAAGCCAUUUCACUAAUUUCAAAGCUAUGUGCAUCGCUUUGUAUACGUAUGCACAUGUUCAAUUGUAUGCUAAAUCAGUUGUUAAUCUAUGAAUGUAUCAAGUAAUCUGGAUAUGUAAAUGAUUGUAGGAUAAAAAGGACUAUAUUUGCACUGAUCUGCUGUGUUUACUGAAGCGAUGCUGCAUGUAUUUUGCACAGGUCUACUGUCUUGACUGUAGUGACACUAUUUUGCACAGAUCUGCUGUCUUGACUAGUGAUGCUACAUGUAUUUUGCACAGAUCUGCUGUCUUGACUGUAGUGAUGCUACAUGUAUUUUGCACAGAUCUGCUGUCUUGACUGUAGUGACACUAUUUUGCACAGAUCUUUGUUGAAGAUAUGUAACAUCUUAUUAGAUGUAUUGUUUCUUAAACGAAACAGUGUUUUUCUGCUUACUCUGACAUUUCUACAUCCAGUCAUCUGGAAACAAUGAUUGAUAAAAAAACACAAAGUUCUGCGUUGUGUUAGCCUAAUAAUGAACAGAAAUUUCAUUAAUUUUGCUGACAGAUACAGAUAAAAUAAUGCUGAUAUUCUGAAAGCCACAUUCAUUCGUUCAUUCAUCCACAAAUAUUAAUUUUAAGGCUGUAGUGCAUUAUAUGACUAAGGUAUGGGAUGACACUUUUCAAACCCUAAAAUACCCAAGAGACUUCAACAGAUUUUGGACAUGGUUAGCAUGCUAGCCUCUCAGCAAUGUGGUCGCUGUGAGUUCACAGCUAAUGCUGUCUCUCCUCUCCAGCUGUAUGUGGGAAGGUCUGUCAGCAACCUGUGGAUGGUCAUGGGUUUUUCCCAGGCUCUACCCGGUUGCCUCCCACAAUAAUGCUGGCCGCCGUUGUAUAAGUAAAAAAUUCUUGAGUACGUCCUAAAACACCAGUGAAAUAAAUAAAACAGAUUUGAUCUAAUUCUUUAUCUGAAUUAUUUAUAUUUCAUUCUUUGUACAAAUUUAAUACCAAAGAACCUCUUUUUAUAUGCUGAUAAAUGCUUAUAUCGAUACUUAAGCUGUUUAUUUUUAAGAUUUUUCAAUAUUAAAAAGAAAAAAUAUACAAAUAAAUUUUAGAAUUUUGAUAGUGUACUCCUGGCUGCUGUACAAAUUCAAGUGUAGAUGUACAUCCGUCAGACCCCAGUAUUCUCAGACAUCAUUCAGUUGACACGAAACUUGGUAAAGAUAUCUUUCAUAACUUCUGUGGUAAAUCAUAUGAGUGAUCUGAAGUGACAUUUGACCUCAAUUCGUCAAUUCUGAUGCAGGUUAAGAAUUGAUUCACAAGGUUCUGUAAUAGUGUCUCUGGACUGACAGUUAUGAUGAGUAUUCCGCCUGAGGAACGGCAUUAGCAAUGAUAGGUUACUAAUAAGAGUUUCUUUUGUAGUAUGUUGUUGUUCUUGUCUCAUUUCUACAUGUCAUUCUCCGGGCCAUUUACAAGUAAAUACAAGCUCUGUUUACAAGUACAUGUCCAUAUUUCGCUCCAGUCAUAUUCAUCCAGGAUCGCAAGAUUGUCAUUUGAUUGUUCAUUUUGAUUGUUCAUUUUGAAAA